CUCUCUCUUUUUUUUUCUCAUACUUCUUUAUAAAAAUGUUCUUAACUCGCUCUGAAUAUGAUCGUGGUGUAAAUACCUUUUCACCUGAAGGUCGUCUUUUCCAAGUAGAAUAUGCAAUUGAAGCCAUUAAACUUGGUACAACUGCUAUUGGUGUUCAAACUUCUCAAGGCGUUAUCUUGGCUGUAGAAAAGCGUGUAUCUUCUACAUUAUUGGAACCUAGUUCAAUUGAAAAAGUUAUGGAAAUUGAUGAGCAUUUAGGCUGUGCUGUUAGUGGAAUGACAGCUGAUGCAAGAACAAUGAUUGAACAUGCGCGUGUUGCAGCUCAGAACCAUCGUUUUACAUAUGAUGAAAAGCUAAAGGUUGAAAGCGUCACUCAAAGUGUUUGUGAUUUAGCAUUGAGAUUUGGUGAAGGUGCUGAAGGUGAAGAAUCAAUCAUGAGUCGUCCUUUUGGUGUUGCAUUGCUUAUUGCUGGUGUUGAUGAAAAUGGACCUCAGCUUUUCCAUGCUGACCCUUCAGGCACAUUUAUGAAAUAUCAAGCAAAGGCUAUAGGAUCUGGAUCUGAAGGUGCUCAAACAGAGCUUCAAAAGGAAUAUCAUAGAUCAAUGACAUUGCAAGAAGCAGAGACUCUUGCAUUAAGCGUUUUAAAAUCAGUCAUGGAAGAGAAAUUAAACAAGACGAAUGUUCAAAUUGCAUCAGUUACACCCGAACAAAGUUUUAGAAUCUAUACCGAGGAAGAAUUACAAGAAAUCAUCAACAGAUUGUAAUCUCCUUGUACUUUUAUUAUAUCAUCCUGCGCCCUUGAAUAAAAAGAAAAAAAAAGAAAGGAAUUGGCACUUUAUUGUUUAUAAAGCAUUGAUAAUCGCUGCGAGAAGAAAGAUGACUACAUCAAGAGAAGAGUAUUCCACUUUACUUUUCGUAUUCUUGUGGAACAUGAUUAUGCAUAAGUUGUCUUCAGCACUAUGAAAUGCUCCGGGUAAUGAUUGUUGAAUUGUUGAUCCAAGACACAUGUCUUUUUUUUAAAAAAAAAUCGGAAGUUAUUAUUAAUACUAGUUGUAUUGACUGUAACUUGCUGAGGGAGACGCCAAAUAAG